CUCCCCAGGCCCUCAUGCUCCCCGCCCUCCCGCACAAGAGACAGCUGAGCACGCCCCAGGAGGAAGCAGCCAGGAGGCGGAAGUCCCUUCAGGAGGCGACCAAGAGGCGGGAAUCGGAGGCGAAGGGCAGCAGAAGGAGGAUGAGGCGAGGGGAGGCUGCCCUCAGCCCCGUCUUCUUGGGGAAUGCGAGAGAAGAAUGUCCAGUGCUAGAACGCAUCCUCAUGAACUGUGUCGCUGUGAGUAAUGAGGUAGGAGACCAAGACAAGGUGUUCCUGGAUACCUGCGUUCGACAUGAGAUCUGCUAUAUGUGUGGUUCCGGCCUCCCCCAUCUCCGGCCACGAGUGCGACGCCGUUCUUCCUCGUCCCUGGAGGCGGCCUUUUUCCAGCAACCUGGACUGCCUGGGCGCCGCGGGAGAGACCUUCAACAUCCUCAGCGACGCCAGCAGGUACGACCAAGACGGCAUCUGCACCCACGACCCCUGCGUCAGGCAGUUCCUCGAGAUGCGCUGAGAGAAGACGAAGGUCGAUGCCUCCCCUCCGACGCCCCCACCAAUGUAGAUACAGCUUAUGAAAAUACAUCUCGAGAUCGGUAG